AAUGCACAAUCUGCGAUGAAGAGAAUCAGAGAAAGCGAGAAGAUGUACGAGACUGAUAGAUGAUCGUUUGCGAAGAGGGAGAAGAAGAAAGCGAUUGUUAGACUAACCACCAAUUCUUUUCCUUUUCCUCCCUUUAUUAAUAACCCAAAAACAUCAAUGAUCGAGACAAGGGAGAAUUGCGAUCUAUUUAAAUUCCGAAGCCAGACGAGACCAACGCCGCCGCUAGACUCCGUCUCUGUUCUUCACCAUUACAGGGGUCAUGGAUGCCAAAAGAUUUGAAUUAAGAAGCUGCUGGAGAGAUUCAAUCAGCUGUCUCCCUGACGAGGUUCUGAGCAACAUCUUAUCCUUACUCCCCACCACGAAGCAAGCUGCUUCAACAUGUAUUCUCUCCAAACGAUGGAGGUAUCUCUUCACAUUGGUGAACAAUCUCUAUAUCGAUGAUUCCGAAAAGGACGACAGCGAGACAACAACAACAACCACGACGUACUUGUUUCCCGAGAGUUUCAAGAGUUUCGUGGACGCAACGCUUUCGCAAACCCACCCGAUCAACAAACUCUCUCUUCGAUGCCACGUGGGCAAAGACGAGGACGAUCCCCAAAAGGCUUGCGUGAGCGGCUGGAUAACCAACGUCGCUAACCGCGGCGCUCGGGAGCUGGACUUGAGGAUAAAAGACAAAGGCAUACACUAUCUCCCUCCUCGCCUCUUCGCCAGCGAAACGCUCGUUAAGCUGACGAUAGGAACACGGCUCUAUCUCGGAACGAUCCCUCCCAACGUCUCGCUCCCGUCUCUCAAGACUCUCUUCAUCGACACCGUUUUCUUCGAGUACGGAGAUCUUUGCUGCGUGCUCCUCGCUGGCUGCCCUGUUCUCGAGGAGUUGACGGUCCAUCACCACAACUUCUCCGCUACCCCUCACACCAUAGCGAGCCGGACCGUCAAGAGACUAUCGGUUCACUACGAUUCCCCCAUUGAUGUUGAUAACUGUAGCUUCAUGUCCUUUGACUUGCCCAAGCUCGUCUAUCUUGAAUACUCUCAUUGUGCCUUGAGAGAGUAUAGACAAGUUAGUCUUGAGUCCCUUGUCGAAGCUAAGCUGGAUCUUUACCCGGACAGAAAUGCUGGUGAGAGGCCAGAUGUUACGGAUCUCAUCAUGGGGAUGCGGAAUGUGGACAUCCUUCAUCUUUCUCCUGUUUCCGUUGAUGUGAUUUAUUUUUACUGUUGGGAUGGGUUACCGGUGUUCAACAAUCUUGUUACUUUAUCCAUGGGGGGGAUUAAGAGUAAGCGAGGCUGCAAGUUGCUGGCAUAUCUACUUAAGCAGUCUCCAAAGCUUGAAACUCUAAUCAUCCAGGAUCUGAAUGGUUACCAUCGCUCUGUUUCCAUGCCACUGAACAAAGUCAAGAUGUUGCAUAUUCUUGAUUAUCAUGGAACUGCGCUAGAGUUGAAGACUUUUCUGCAGGAAUUCCAUUGUCUUGUUAUGGUUCAGUUGGAUAUCACAGAAGCUGUAGAAGAUAGUGUGCAAACCAAAAGGGAUCUAAUGAUGCUUCUGGGAGCUUCACUUCCAUCCAAGUGCCAGUUCAGAGUCACAUAAGCUUAAGAUGUUGUAUCCAACUUAAAUAUUAUGACAUCUGACUUCCUUCUGAAAACAUUUUUUCUUUUCUUUCUGCAUUGUGUAAAGUGUCAUUCGAAUGCUUAGCAUUUUGAUGAAUUAUUAACGUUAAUGGAGCUUCUUAUUAAUA